UGACAGUUCUUCAAAGCACAUAAAGAUGGGGAAGCGACCAGAAGAAAGAUAAACGGAGCUUUCCCAACCGUCAAUCUGCCCUUCAUCAUUACUCUCCAUCAAUCUGACAGCCCAAGAUGCAGCUUUCAGUCGUCACUCUUCUUGCCCUCCAGGCCAUCGGCGUUGUCGCGGCCCCUGUCGCAGCACCUGCUGCUGAUUAUGCCGAUGUAGCUAAGGCCAACAUUAUCAUCAAGUCAGCUGGCACUUACAAGCGAGAGGCCGACUACGCCGACGUCGCCAAGGCCAGCAUCAUAAUCAAGUCUGCCGGUACCUACAAGCGUGGCGAAGAGUACGCCGACCUCGCAAAGGAUUCCAUUGUUAUCAAGUCCGCGGGUACCUACAAGCGGGAUGAAGAGAAACGAGGGGCCGAGUACGAGCAGCUGGCUAAGGACUCCAUUGUCAUCAAGUCUGCUGGCACUUACUAAGACCCGUUGACGCGGAUGCCGGGCGCCUUGGUUUCCCAUGAUGAGAUUUUUAUGAUGAGCCAAUGAGUCGAUGACCAUUGUUAGCUAAAACUUUCAUGUUUGUGGAUGCAACUGUUAUGCAUACAGUGGAUAGCGAAAGUCACACCA